GAAGCUCAGAGGUGAAGCAGCUCUCACACAAUAAAGACCACCUCCACUUCCUCCAGGCCUUCAGAUCCCUGAAGAAUCCUCCAUCCAGCAGGGACUGGAUGACGGUGGAGGUCCGUCCUCCGUCAUAUGUAGGGACCUUGAGGAGAUCCAUGGAUCAGCUGGAGGAGACUCUGAACAUGGAGAUGAAGAAGGUGCCUGACCUGAAACCAGGCAUAAAGAAGUAUGCUUGUGAACUCACACUGGACCCGAACACAGCCCACAGAAAACUCUCUCUGUCUGAGGACAACAGAGAGGUGACACUGCUUAGAUGCAAUCAAGGGUAUCCUGGUCACCCAGAAAGAUUUGACUAUUGUAGACAAGUGUUGUGCAGAGAGGGCAUGACUGGCCGCUGUUACUGGGAGGUAGAGUGGAAGGAAAGGGUGGAUAUAGGAGUGACAUACAGAGGAAUCACAAGGAGAGGAUGUGGGGAUGAUAGCAUGCUUGGAGAGAACAACAUGUCUUGGUGUCUUCAUUGUGAUGAUAAUAAUGGUGAUGAUUUUUUCUCUGCCCACUUCAACGGUAGACAAACAGGCAUACCUGUCCCCUCUUGCUCUAACACAAUAGGAGUGUAUCUGGACCAGCCUGCUGGCAUUCUGUCCUUCUACGAAGUGUCCCAAGAUGUAGGAGGGACCUCAGACACACUGACACACAUCCACACCUUCCAGCAUACAUUCACUCAGGACCUCUACCCUGGGUUUAUGUUGUAUGAUUAUGGUUCCACAGUGUCUCUGUGUCGGUUAUAGUCUCUUCCCUCCCUACCUUCCUUGCUGCAUGGUGGGAUUGUGGUCUCUAGACUGAGUGACUUUCAAACGGUUGUAUCCUUUGUGUCUGUAUUUUUCCUUGUCAGUGUGUAAAUGCAGCGGGUCUAGGGAGGGUUUUGUUAUCUUUGCCGCCAGCCAGCUAUUGCUGGGCAGCAUUUCUGUUUGGACACAAUGACAGAGAUGACCAAACUCAGAGGUCGUGGGCCAUGGUAUAUGGCGACAGUUUUGACAGAAUGUCAGUUGUUUUUGACAGUCUGUCAAAAACAUGGAAGAAGUGAAAAUCCAAGACAAUUUUAACGCAAACAAUUGUUUGUCAAGUCAGUAAAAAACCUAAUGCAGGUUAAAGAAAAGGGGUCUUCUCUGACCAAGACAUCAACAGGUUGAAGAAUAUCAGAGAACUGAAUGAUGAUGAAGGUUAAAAGAUAAUCAGCAUUGUAGAGAAUAUUUACGUAAAUAACAAAAUAAGAAGCUAUCCACAAAAAUCCAUUGACAUACAGUAGCUCUAUAUCUCUAUGUGUGUAGCAAUAACUGCAGCAUGUUGACUUGAAAUCGAGAAUUCAUGGAGUAUGCAUGCUGUUUUUCUUGUACAUACAUUGUCAUUAAAAAAAAUAUCCCUCCCAUAACUUACACACUCAUAACUCACACACACUCAUAACUCUCUCACACUCAUAACUCACUCACUUUUUUACUAUUACAUGAAUGGGUUGGUAUUUAAUGAUAACCCUGUUUCCGUAUCCCUCCGAGAGCUGAGCUCCAGAAGGUGGGGGUGUUUGCAGAUUAUGAUUAUGUGUUACACGCCUCUACACCCCCACUGGCCUUGCAGUGGCAGUGCAAUGGUCUUUGGGUGGGGCACGGGCACAAUCAAGUUAAUUGUGCACACCUGCAAAGGUGUGCUUAAAAGCCAUGCCUUCAGCCUCAGAAAGGGGCUUGCUUUCUCGUGACAACAUGUGCUACUGUCAAGACUUUUAACGUACAAUUAUUUAUGAAAGUAAAACACUUUACUGUUGGAUUUAAACUCUGUGGUCUGUCGCCAUAUUUUAUUGCAGCUUCCGAGCCAGUCUUAACAUGGGGGCACGUCCGAGACUUCUUGAACCUUUUAGGGAGACGGGACCAGAGUUUUUUGUUCAAUUUUCUUUGUUGUUAAUCUGAGUAGGGUCGU